AUGCGGUCAGAAACGCCGCCCAGCUUCACCCCGCUGCCAGUUCAUGAGCCCCGAAACGAAGAGAACGAACGUGGUCAGGGCUUCUGUUGGCACCGGGUCUUCUGGCAGCUGGUCUUGCAUAUCUUCUGCGCCACCUUGGCAUUGUUAUCUUCAGCCACAGGUCGCCUGGAUGCCCAUGACGGCCUCUGCUGGGAGGUCUACGAGUUCUGGGUGCUGAUCAUGCUGCCGAUCUACUUUAUUCAAGCAGCUGGCCUUGUGGUCUGCCUUCCGAGCGACUGUGCGGUGCCCUCGCUGGGCUACCCAAUAAUUCAGGCGGUGCUGCCCAUCCUGGGGGAGCCUCUCGAUGUGUUCAAGGACUGGCUCUUCAUUGGGCUGGCGGUGGCCACGCAGUCGUACUUCGGCUACAUCUUGGCCACCUUGGGCGUGCUGGUGCUUUUCAUUUCCGGUGCCUACAUGCAAGCUUUCCACUCGCACGACCUUCUGAAGCAGCUGUCCCCGGUGCAAGCCAUCCUGCACCGGAAACUGAGUUUUCUGGAUGACCAGACCUCGCCUGCGAAGCUUGCUGUGGCACUUACGGAAGACCUGCCCCAAGCAUUGCUGCAGUCCCUUUUUGUUAUUGUGUAUGGCGGCUCCACAAUGCAGUUUCUCUUCAUCGGGGUGAGCUGCAUAAAAAUCAUCGCCUGCCUUGCUCUUCGAGCAGCCGUGCUCGAGGACGAGCAGCGACACGUGGAGGCCUGGGAGGCUGAGGCCUGCUUCCUGCAGCUGCGUCUUCGCCUCGUCCAGGCCAUCCUCAGUGAACGGCACUCGUGGGAGCUGGGACUAAAACAAAGUCUGGCACUCACAUUCGUACAGCUGGGCAGGUAUGAGGAGGCCUUACAGAUUCAACACGAGGUCUUGGCUGCUUGGACAGAGGCUCCGGGAGCAAGCCACCCGGACACGCUCUUAGCAAAAGCUAACGUUGCCAUGAUUCUGAUUAACCUGGAAAGGCAUGAGGAGGCGCUGCAGGUUGAACAGGAGUUCCUGCCUGCGUUUAUCGAGGCUUUUGGAGCAAGCCAUCCGCACACCCUCAAAGCGCAAUCAAACAUGGCAGCCAGUCUCAAGAGUCUGGGCAGGCAAGAGGAGGCGCUGCAGAUAGAACAAAAGGUCCUGGCUGCCUUCACUGAGAUUUUGGGCGCAAGCCACAUGGACACGCUCUCAAUGCAAGGAAACAUUGCUUGCGAUCUGAACCAAGUGGGCAAGCAUGAGGAAGCGCUGCAGAUGCAACAAGAGGUCCUGGCUGCUCGGGCUGAGGUUCUGGGAGCACAACACCCGCACACGAUCCAGGCGCAAGCAAACGUGGCAAUGACUUUCUUUAGUCUGGGCAGGCAUGAGGAGGCGCUGCAGAUGUACCAAGAGGCCCUGGCUGGUCGGACUGAGGUUUGGGGAGCACGUCACCCGGACACGCUCAGAGUGCAAGCAAACGUGGCAAUCACUCUCCAGAGGCUGGGCAGGUAUGAGGAAGCUCUGCAGAUGCAACAGGUGCUGGCUGCUUUGACUGAGGUUCUGGGAGCACGCCACCUGGACACGCUCCAAGUGCAAGGAAACAUGGCAAGCACCCUCAAGAGUCUGGGCAGGUUCGAGGAGGCGUUGCAGAUGGAGAAAGAGGUCCUGGCUGCUCGGACUGAGGCUCUGGGAGCACGCCACGCAGACACUCUCGCAGCGCAAGAAAUACUGACAGUCACUUUCCAACAACUGGGCAGACAUGACGAGGCGCUGCAGAUGGGGCAAGAGGUUAUUGUUGCUCGGACUGAGGCUCUUGGGGCACGCCACCCGGACACGCUCCAAGCGCAAGGAAUCAUGGCAAUGACUCUUUUCAGUCUGGGCAGGUUCGAGGAGGCGCUGCAAAUGGAGCAAGAGGUCCUGGCUGCUCGGACUGAGGCACUGGGAGCACGCCACCCGAAAACGCUCUUGGCACAAGGAAACAUGGCAGUCACUCUCAGGCGUAUGGGCAAGCGCGACGAGGCACUGCAGAUGAACCAAGAGGUCCUGGCUGCUCAGAUUGAGACCCUGGGAGCACGCCACUGGGCUACGCUCUUUUAUCAAGGAAACAUGGCAGAAUGCUUGCAUGACUUAGGCAGAACCGAGGAGGCAAUACGAGUUUGCCAGCACGUCCUGGAUGCCCAAGUAGAAGUGCUGGGCCCGGGCCAUGCCCAGACGCAGUCUAGCCAAAGCCAACUAGCUCGUCUUGUGGAAUGCCGAGAGCGGUCCGAGCCGGCAACACUCCUGAACCGAAAUCGCAGAGCGGGUAGUCCUGGAGGCGGCGCCGAGAAGAAGAGCACAGUCCAGUGA